GCACAUGUUAAAUAUAGAGCAGACUCUCACUCCUGACCAGGAACAAACAGGCUGAAAGAAGAAGAAGAACUGAUUUUAUUGAAGCUGAAAGAAAGAGUCUCUCUCUCUCUCUCCUCAGUUCUAACUCGCCCUUUGAGCUCACAGACCAAACUUGGAGAGGACGAAGCUUCACACCGCUCUGUUACUGCGCCUCCAACUUUGGCAAGAGAAGAAGAAAAAGACCAGAGAAAACUAAAGAGGAACAUUAAAGGACAGAAGAUAUUUCAGAAAUAAUCAGAUAAACACAGUGAUGUGAGAGCUGAACUCAUCACAGAGGACAGGAGUCAUAUUUUGGGACUGAACAGCUGUGUGUGACGCCUCUGACGGACUGAGACCAGGUAGAAAAUGCGAUCCAGGAACUGCACCAUGGAUGGUCCAGAUGACGGACGCAUCCAGCCCACUAAAGGUUUCAUCAAGCAGGAAGAGGAGAACACACCCGAGCUCACAAAGAGGAAGAUGAAGGUCCAGCGGGAGGAGAAGGAUGGGAGAACAGCAGGGUCAGCUAAGAAACCCCAGAAACCUGCAGAGAGCAGGAAGGCAGCAGCGUUGGAUCUGUCAAAGACGGACCUGCUGCACCUGCUGGGAAUCAUGGAAGGAGAAGUUCAGGCCAGAGAGGACAUCAUCGGCCUGCUGAAAUCAGACAGAACCAGACCAGAGAGUCUGGAGGCUCACUACGCCUCAGCUGUCCCCACCAAACCCCUGCAGGCCCUGCAGAGAGACGGACUGCUCACCCUCAGCAACAACAGCACUGAGGACGUGUAUGAGAAACCAAUGGCCGAGUUGGACCGUCUGGAGGACAAACAGAAGGAGACGUACAGACGGAUGUUGGAGCAGCUGCUGCUGGCAGAGAAAUGUCACCGCCGCACCGUCAUGGAGCUGGACAACGAGAAACGCAAACACACCGACUUUAUGAACAAGAGCGACGACUUCACCAACCUGCUGGAGCAGGAGAGGGAGAGACUCAAAAGGUUGUUGGAGCAGGAGAAGGCCUACCAGGCUCGUAAGGACAAGGAACACAGCAGGAGGCUGGAGAAGGUCAGAGCGGAGCUGGUUAAGCUCAAGUCCUUUGCCCUGAUGUUGGUAGACGAGCGGCAGCUGCAUAUCGAGCAGAUUGACCAGCAGAGCCAGAAGAUCCAGGACCUCACUCAGAAGCUGCAAGAGAAAGAGCAGCGUUUGACAGCGGUCAGUGACACCGCAAAGGAGGACGGACAGAAGAUCCUCAAGUUGGAGGCUGAGCUGGAGCACAAAGCGGCCAAGUUUGCACAGGAACACGAGGAGAUGACGGCCAAACUGGCCAACGAAGAGUCCCAAAGCCGACAGCUUAGGCUGAAGCUAGCUGGUUUGGCACACAAGAUUGAAGAGCUCGAGGAGAGCAACAAGGUGCUGCAAAAAUCAGACGAAGACCUGCAGGAGUUAAGGGAGAAGAUCAGCAAAGGGGAGUGUGGGAAUUCGUCUCUCAUGACGGAGCUGGAGAAUCUGCGGAAGAGAGUGCUGGAGAUGGAGGGCAAGGAUGAGGAGAUAACCAAAACAGAGACUCAGUGCAGGGAGCUGAGGAAAAAGCUGCAGAGUGAGGAGAAUCACAGCAAGGAGCUGAGGCUGGAGGUGGACAAAUUGCAGAAGAGAAUGGUUGAACUGGAAAAACUGGAGGGGGCUUUCAGCAGGAGCAAAACAGAGUGCUCUCAGCUUCAUACAAACCUGGAAAAAGAGAAACGUGUUGUGAAGGAUCUGGCUGGUGAGCUGGAGACGGUGAAAACUCGGUUGAAAGAACUUGAGAGCGCCGAGUCAAAGUUUGAAAAGGCAGAGAUGGUCCUAAAGGAUGAUCUUAUGAAGUUGAAAUCCUUCACAGUUAUACUGGUAGAUGAAAGAAAAAAUAUGGCAGAGAGGCUUAAACAGGAAGAACAGAAAAGUGAUGAUUUGAGUAAGAUGUUCAAAGCAGAGCAGGGCAAGGUUACAGAGGUCACAGAGAAGCUGAUUGAGGAGAGCAAAAAGCUUCUCAAAUUCAAAUCAGAAAUGGAGGUCAAAGUGUCAACCCUCAUUAAAGAGAAAGAGGAGUUAAAAACUAAACUUGUAAGUGAAGAGGAAAGGUGUAGGGAGAUGAAUACCAAACUGGGUAGUAUGAAAAUAAGAAUGGAUGGACUUGAGGAAUCAGAGAGGGAAAUGCAGAGAAAGUGGUCCAACAAGGACAAUAACAGAAAUCCAGAUGACGACAACAAAGUCAAAGAGCUCACGCUAGAAAUUGAAAGACUAAAGAGCAGGCUCAAACAACUUGAGGUGGUAGAAGGUGAUUUAAUGAAAACAGAGGAUGAGUAUGAUCUACUGGAGAAGAAAUUCAGAACAGAGCAGGACAAAGCGAAUACCCUUUCAAAGCUGUUGGAAGAAAUGAAAAGUCAGAUUGCCAGAAACAAAGCCAUAGAGAAAGGCGAGGUCAUGAGUCCAGAGGCUGAGCUUAGAAUUCGCUGCAAGAUGGAGGAGUCCAAAACCAGAGAGCUGCAGGCAGACGUCCAGGCCCUGAAGGAGAAAAUCCAUGAACUGAUGAACAAGGAAGACCAGCUCUCCCAGCUGCAGGUGGAUUAUUCUGUCCUCCAGCAGAGGUUCAUGGAAGAGGAAGAGAAGAAGAAGAGCAUGAGCCAUGACUUUGUCAACCUUACCAAAGAGCUGGAAGCCACAAAGCGCUACAGUCGUGCCUUGAGGCCCAGCAUGAAUGGAACGAGGAUGGUCAGUGUCCCGGUUACUUCCACAGCAGUGCAGACAGAUGUGAUGGCCAGUGAGCCUGCUGAAGACGAGACGACGGCAGGCUUUAUCCGGAAAUCAGUCCUUGAGGAAAACCAUUUAAUGAGCAACCUCAGACAACGGGGACUGAAAAAGCCAACAGUUCUUGAACGAUACCCUCCAGCUUCAGCAGAGCUCGGUGCAAGAAAGUCCUGGACACCCUGGUUGAAAAAGAAGGAGGCCAUCACACUCACUCAGACCACUCCUGACAAGACAAAUAGGGCAUCCUUGCUCCAUCCACCUGAGAUUACCAGGCCAGGCCAACCACUGCACAUCCGAGUGACUCCAGAUCACGAGAACAGCACUGCCACCUUGGAGAUCACCAGCCCUCGAGCUGAGGAUUUCUUCUCCAGCACCACCAUCAUCCCAACUCUCGGCCUUCAAAAACCUCGUAUCACAAUCGUCCCGAAGCCCACAACCGUAGCAUCAAAGAGCAAAUCCUGUGAGUUCAUAGGAGGUCUCGAUCGAGCCAAAUCACCUGUCACGAUAACCACCAUCUCCAGGGCCAUGAGUCCAGAGAAGACCAAUGGCUGCAGCUCUGACAGCCUUCAGUCACCGGUGUCCAUCAUCACAGUCAGUACAACUCCUGUGGCUGAAGCAUGCGCUUCAACUGAGCCUCAUGACAUUCCGGCUGGCCGCACAGUGAUCAAGAUGACCCCAGAGAAGCAACCUGGGCUGGCACCUUUUAGGAAAUACAAUGGCAACAGCAACAUCAUCACAACAGAGGACAACAAGAUCCACAUUCACUUGGGUCCACAGUAUAAGAGGCCUUCAGAGGGCUGCAGUAAUCCAGUGUUGACACUCAGAAGCUCAGAAAGCAGCAAGGAAAUGUCAACAGGAACGGUUCUCCGCUCCCCACGCCAGACCUCAAUGGGGAAGACCACUCAGAGCAAAAUGACAAGCAGCAUAACAAUCACACCAAUCACCUCAGCAUCCUCCAAGCCAACACAGUCAGUGCCCAGUUCGGAUGUGCAGUCAGCUCGGAGUGCUGCCACACGGAUCCCAGUGUCAAAAGGUAUGAAACCGAGCAGCAAGGUUCUGGGUGUGUCGACGGUGACAAGGUUAGAGUCGCGGGCCGAGAGCCAGUCGAUGAAAAUUGAGCUGAGGAAGUCGACGCUGUGCGGCUCUGCCUCUGCAGCAGGAGGCAAGAGCUGAGGGCUAAACACGCUGCCAUGGCAACAACUCAAUGUGAACACCUCAUGAUUGAGUUUGCCACCAAAUCUGCUGCCAAAUACGAGUCACAGGCCACAUCAGUAUAAAUACACAAAUGGGACUCUGUGUGAUGUCGCCUCUCACAACAGCUUAGCUUUCUAAACACUAUUUCAGUUUAUACAUGUUAUCAGGAAAGCUUUUAUGUCAUUUCAAGGGCAGGUUUUUAAGGUGUUUCAUUAUAUUUUAAUUUCCACCGAAGCAUCUCUUUGCAUGUCUCUUUUGCAUCUGUGCAUUAUGUUUAACUUCAUCCUGGUGAUAUUUUUUGGCAGUAGAUUUAGACUUGCUCUCAUCAUUUACAUUUUCAUAGCAUGUGUUUAUUUCAACAUUGCUUUUGGAGGUUUCCAGUCACUGGAGCACUGUGAAUUGUUUGUGACAGUAUGAAUUGUCAUCAUUUGUGACAGGCACCAAAAUAAAAAUUAUUUAUAUCUGAACCAAGUACGGCAUUGCUCUGUAGAACUCAUUUGUCUCUGGUGUGAGUGAGCUUUGUGUGUAUUAAAAAAUGGUGGGUGAGAAUCAACCAGGAAACCUCCAUAAUAUUAACCUGGCCAUGCUGAUAAACAAAGCACAACUCAACAGCCUUAUCAACUAAUGUCUGAGCUUAUGUUUCAUGUGAUGUUUCCAUGGCCUGUGUGAAAAUGAUAGCAGGCCUACUGUACAUGUCUCGGCAAUGUGUUGUUUUGGAUGAAAAAAGGAAGGCCUAUAUUUAACUUGAACAGUGUACAGUGUCUAAUACUGAGUUUGUACAUUAAUCUCAAUAAAUGCUGAAUGGAUAGACUUUAGUGAUAACAGAAAUUCUGUAGCCUAUUCCAUGGUAGGCCAUUUUAAAUACAACACAUAUACAUGUAUUUUUAGAAACUGUAAGACCAAUGCUGUUGUUGUCAUAAUCUGUGAUGUCCAUUGCGAAUAAA